AUGGCUAUUCUUUUAAUUACACAUCUUUACUUUCAGAAAUCUACUUUGAGUCAUGGUUUUCCAGGCAUUCCAGGGUCAAAUGGCAUGCCGGGAAUGCCAGGCGUGCCUGGGCCGCAGGGACCCCAGGGAAGAGAAGGCCCAAAAGGACAAAUUGGUGAUAAGGGAUCGCAAGGAGUGCAAGGUCCAAGAGGAGACAGAGGGCGCGAAGGGCCUCCCGGGAAGAGCGGACCGCCAGAAAUUACGGGAACAAAAGGUGAAUCGGGUCUUGUGGGAAUGAAAGGAGAGCAAGGCAUUGUGGGAAAUCAAGGAAGAAAAGGAGACAAAGGAGAGAAAGGAGAAAGCGCCAAAGCAAGUCAAGCAAGUGUAGUACCACAAACCAACUGGAAACAAUGUGUGUGGAAAUCACACAGCGAUACUGAUAACGGAAAGAUUAAGGUUAGCAAGAAAUAUGCUAAAUGAUUUCUAUAGAUCACAAGAAAAGUACACGAUCUCAUUCGAUAGAAGAAGGAAGAAAAUGUAAGAUUUUGCUGCAAUUAAUUUGGAGUCAAAUAAAUUGCUCUGAGAAGAUAAAUCUCCUUCCCCUUCCCGUGAUCAUCACUCCGUUUAACCUCCGAAUCAGUUGAUAAUUAUUUCCUUUCCCAUUUAGUAAAUAAAUACAAUAAUAGAGGCGUUACUAAGUAGAUUUUGAUUGUUUUCCAGGAGUGUGCUUUUAACAAAUUUAAGUCCGGUUCAGCGCUCAAAGUCUCAUUCCAGGGAAACAUGCGGGUCUCUGGUGAUACUAAGUGUAAUCGGUGGUAUUUCAAGUUCAAUGGAAACGAAUGUAGUGGACCAAUGACGAUUGAGGCUGCUGUUUACAACAACUGGACAUCAGGGAACCCCAAUCUGUUGCAUCAUCGGUCAUUUGAAGGAUACUGUGAAAACAUUCCACAAGGGGCAGUUAGAGUGGAAUUAUGGGUAGGAAAGUGUAGUGGUGGUCACGCCCUUGGUGACGCUUACACCGGCUGGCAGUCAGUGUCCCGGUUAAUGAUUGAAGAAGUAUCUAGGCCCCAGUCAUAG